GAACAACAGUCCAUUCUGUCUCUGUGAGGAGACUGCUGUUGAUUUUGACCAGUUGUUUAUAUUGUUUAACGUUUCACAAGUUUUCAUAGAGACAGAUGUAAUAAGGUCAUUCAAUUAUACAACCACCUUUCUGAUUAGAAGCUGAAGACUACAACAGCCAUGUUGGCAGAAGCUGGAUGUGUGUUUAUGGGUUUGAUCCUGUACAUCUCAGGAGUUCAUGGACGAGCAAACAGCAUCUGUGCUUUAAAAGGUUCAUCAGUGGAUCUGCCCUGCUCAGCUCAACGUCCCACUACAACCAUGAAGUGGUACACUGUACACCAGGAACGAUCUAAAGCUGUUCAGACGGAGCUCUCUCCAGAUGAAAAUCGUGUGACGUACAACAUGUCUGCAGAGAGUAACUUCACUCUAACAAUCAAAGAUCUGAGAGAGAGCGAUGCAAAAGAUUACUGCUGCAGAGAGACUACUGACGACCCAGAACUCUGCUGGAACAACAAAACUGAGCUCCAGGUUUCAGACCUGCAGGUAAAGGUGAUUCCUGCCACAGAGGGACAGACAGUGACACUGAUGUGUAGCACCAGCUGUCCUCUGACUGAAAACCCUGCAGUCUACAUCUGGUACAAGAACAGAGAGUUCCUCUAUCAGGACUGGUCUCCCUGGUACCAACAGCUGGUCAGCAGUGAGGAAGCAGUCACAUACUCCUGUGCUAUCAAAGGCUACGAGGAUCUCAGAGCCCCUCAAGUCUCAGUGGAUUCUGUCACGUCGACCUGCUUCAGCGUGACCUAUGCUAAAGGGAGAAUGUGUUCUUAUAAGACGACAUCAGAGGAAGAGCCCUGCUCCAUCACAUAUCCCAGAGGUUACGUUCCCAAAAAACACAACUCUCACCCCACCUCUUCUAAACCCUUUAAAAUCAUAGUUUCUAUGAGAUCUAUUUCCCAAUGGAAGAUUUAUUUUGUAUUAUAUCUCUUCUUUUAUCUUUGGUGAUUUUUAUAUUGUUACAAGCACAAU